CGAGUCCGGAGACGUGCCGGGGAUGUGUUGUGUCAGUUCCUGCAGGGAGCCGCUUGUCUCCCAGCACCAGAGCUGUGGGGGCAAAAGGGACGGGGCAAGGCAGCCUGUCUGGUGAUGCCCAUUUGCCAGCCCCCCGAGUCUCUCUCUCUCUGAUGCUGGUGGGUUUUGCUGGGUGUUUUCCGCAGUGAGACGUUUCCGGGCGCAGUCCGCUCCUCGCAGCUCUUCGUCCGGGCCGCGUUACGGAAAGGUCGCUCCUUACCUGGCUCCGCGAGGCUAGAGCUGAGCUCGGGCCGGUCUGGUUCCUUUUUUUAAAUGCAAAGAGAUGGAAAGUGCUGUGUGGAAGGCAAAGAAGAGGGUCCUCCCACCAUGGAUGGCCGUGCGGGAGGUGGAGCCAAGAAAGACUAGGUCAGCAGUGAGACUCAAGAGGGCGAAGAAGCCAGCUGUGGCAAGGACCGUGACUGUCUAUUGUAUGAACGAAGCGGAGCUGGUGGAUGUAGCAUUGGGGGUCCUGGCUGAGAACUGUAAAUACAAGGAAAUGGAGGGGAGCAUUCCAUCUGAAACCGAAGGGGAGCAGGAAGGCCAGCAAACGCCGACGGAGCCUCAGUGGAGUCCAGCAAGCAGUGGCGGGGCCAGCAUGCCCAGGCCAGGCCCCGAGUCCCAUGCACAGCCAGAUGCUUUGGGAUGUGCUAGCAGGACAGACAUGGAGGACGACAAAGAUGAUGCUUUGAAAUAUGUCAGGGAGAUAUUUUUUAGCUAACAUCUCACGGGGGUUUUUUAAGCAGAGCAAAAAUAAUGCCAAGGGAGCCAUAGUCAGAGGGUGGGGCAGACCCAGGGGCAGGCUCCAGUGGGUGGGGAUACGGCAGUGUGGGGCUGUACGGGUUCCCCCAAUGCCCUCCCAAUUCAAAGGGAGCCCGGAGCAGUGGUGUGGAUGGGGCCCCAGGAGAAGGGAGCAGGAGAGAAUGUCUGAGAGGAGCUCGCCCUCGGUCUGCCCUGAGCUGCAUGGCCAGUGUCUGGUUCAAGUACAGCCCUUGCCCAGCGUGUCUGAGCCUUGGGACAGUCCCUCACCUUCCCCAACACUCCCCCCUUCAUAGCCUCUUCCUUGUGAGCCACGGGUCCCCUCCUCCCUGGGCCAGCUCCCCAGCUGAUCCUAAGUGGCCUCCUGAUUGUCAGUCUCUGCCCAGAAGUCAUGGAGAUUGAACUCACCCUUCCAGCUCUGGGGUGGGGCUCUGCAGGACAGGGCAGGCACAUGGAGGUGGGGGGGCCGGACCUGCUGUGCAGCAUCCCUUGAUCUGUGAAUAAACAGUUUGUUCUGAAGGGCUGUCACUGGGGCACCUUUUAUCAGUAUUGUAUUAAAUUUGAAAGGUUAUUAAAAUAUUAAAUGUCUCUUUUAAAAACAA